CACUCUACAAGCGUGGAUAAAACUUUUGGGCACCCUUUACUCACAUUAAAAUCUCGAAAGCUCGUCCUAAAGCUGAUGGCAUUCACGAGCGGAGAGUGUGUGAUGCGCGUGUGACGUUUACUUAUGAAAGAGAGGAAGCGCUGAUUUUGGCGCUGGGGUUUGGUUCCUGUCCGCUUCUCCAGAACUUCAACUUCAUCCAGAAGUUUACUCUGAUUCUGAAGACUGGCUGAAAGCUGGACACUCGCUGAGUGAGUGUUGUAGGUGGGACGCUGAGCAGACACACAGUGGACGUUCCUGUUUAUGCCAUCGACCUGAAAGUCCUGCAAUACCCAUCAUAUUCAUUUGAUUGACUAGAUUUUCCUUCUACAAAGUAACGUCUGUCUGUGUGAAGUAUACUCAGGAGAAACUCUACCUUCACUUCUGAAAAUCUCGUGUUUAAUUUCUCUGCAUGAUGGGACACACGCGCCUGGUAGUCAUCGUACUCCUCGCCAUCGGCAGUGCGGUUUCUGCAGGUCCACUGUUACGUAGCCCAUGCGAGCUAUUACCAGUCGGUGAAGGUCACCCUGUGCAGGCCAUGUUGGAGAGCUACACAGCUCUAUCAGGCUGUGCGAGUCGUGGAACCACCAGCCUUCCCCAGGAAGUUCACAUCAUCAACCUGCGUAGCAGCAACACAGAGGAGCUGAUGGAGAAACCUGAGGUGGCGUUACACCUGCGGCCUAUCCAGUCUCUCUCCAUGCACCAAAAGCCGCUGGUCUUUGUGCUCAACUCGCCCAAGCCGUUCCAGUGGAAGAUUCAUGCAGAUAACCUGGCUCCUGGAAUUAAAAGGACCUUCCACGUGUCAGAUGGCUCUGUUGUGCAAUUUGAGAAUGGAAAUCUGUCCCUUUCUUGUGAGGUGCAGAGAGCCAUGUUACCACAUGGAAACGAGCAUCUGAUGUCCUGGGCUAAAAGCCAGUACCGUGCCAUUACCUCCUUUACCGAGCUCAAGAUGACCCAUGACAUCUUUAUCAAAGUGGGAGAAGAUGCUGUGUUUUCUGACACCUGCAAAAUUGACAACAAAUUUCUGUCUCUGAACUACCUGGGGAGUUAUGUCCAGCCUCAGGCAUCCAAAGGAUGUGUCCUCUCUGGUCCCAGUGUUGAUCAAGAGGUACACAUCAUCGAGUUGCAGGCCCCAAACUCCAGCAGUGCCUUGCAGGUGGAUGUGACGGUGGAUUUAAGGCCAGUGGAACCAGACAUGCCCCUGCACCGUGACAUUGUGUUGCUCCUCAGAUGUGAAAAGUCUGUCAACUGGGUGAUUAAGGCCUACAGUGUCAUCGGCAAACUGCACAUAGUGACAUCAGACAGUGUUAGCCUGAAUGCUAGCACGGAGCGACUGAUGCAGGUGUCUAAAGCUGUGAAGCAGAAGCUGCCUGCAGGAGCUCAGGCUCUGAUCCAGUGGGCUGAGGAGAACAACUAUGGCCCUGUCACUUCCUAUACCAGCACUGCUGUGGCCAACAUCUUCCACCUGCGUGUUAGAGAAAAAGAAGUGGUGGAUCCGUUAGAGAGCAUGUUUCCCCCAGAGCUUUCAAUCCUGAGAAACACAGAUCCUCGUGAACACACUCGUCCCGACCUCCCCUUCCUGUUUCCCCCGGGGAUGGACCAGAAUCCAUCCUUUCCUUUCACCCCUACUCUGGAGGAGCAGGCAUGGCCAAAUCGGGGUCCUGAGGAGCAGCAUGAAGCUCUGAGUGGGAUUCUCAGUGUGCAGUGUGAGGAGAGUAAGAUGGUCGUGAGCAUUGACAAGGAGAGCCUGCAGGCAACAGGUAUAAAUAAAGCCAACAUAACCCUGCAGGACCCACAAUGCAAAGCAAUAUCCAACUCCACCCACUACAUCCUGGAGACUCCACUGACUGGCUGUCAAACUACUAAAUACCCCUUGCACCACCCCAGCCCAAUGGACCUCUACAUCAAUUCAAUUGUGAUCAGACAUUCAGAAAGCAGGGACGGCAGCGGCUGGCCAACGGAUGAUGAAGACCUGGACUCAGGAGACGUACUGCUCUCAGACGGACCAUCUGUACGCCACCCAACCAUUUUGUUUAACUGUACGUACCGUAAGGUUGAAGAUGCUUCUCCUCACUUUCCCUGGCCUCGACGAGAUGUUAAGCAAGAACCUGUGGAAAACAUGACAUUCAGCAUGGAGCUGUACAACACCAGCCUGUUCCACCAUCCACAACCUCCUUCCUUCAUCCAGGUCAUGGACAACAAGCCUGUUUUUGUGGAGAUCUCUGCCACUAAAGCAGAUCCUGAACUGAGCUUCAUGAUACAAACAUGUUUCAUCUCUGCAAAUUCUAAUCAUGAGAUGCCAUCUGAUUACGUACUCAUUGAAAACAUUUGUCCCACGGACGAGUCCGUCUCUUACUACUCUUCGAAAGUGGAUAAGAAGCGCUUCAGCUUUGAAUUCAGGUCGAAGUUCAAGGUGCCUUUGCUAUUCCUGCACUGUGAGAUGUCCGUCUGCUUUAAAAAACACCACAUGCAUCCAGGACUGCCAGAGUGUAUGCACCCUAAUGAUGCCUGUACAAAUGUCAGUGGGGAAACCAUCAUCAAAAUGAUGAUGAACAGCAAAACCUCCACAAAGCCACUGGUGGUCAUCAGUGAUGACGACGGCACUGAAGGUGAUGAUGAUUUUGAUAAAGCAUACACACACGAAAUAAGACCUGAGUCUACAACCCACAAGCCACCAGGUUUUCCGGAUAACCCCCCUUCCACUCACGUGUAUGCCCUGGACACUCCGACUGUAGUGGGCAUCGCCUUUGCAGCCUUUCUCAUUGGAGCUCUUCUUACAGGAGCACUUUGGUUCAUCUAUUCACACACGGGUGACUCAGCAGUGAGGCAAAGCGUACCAAGGUCUCCUCCUGCAUCAGAGAACAGCAGUGCGGCUCACAGUAUCGGCAGCACUCAGAGCACACCAUGCUCUAGCAGUAGUAACGCGUAGCAUAUACACACACCCGCGCACACAAAAACAGUGAGUGCAGGUCUGGCAGGUCACCACCUGAGGCUCUGAACGCAUUCAUUUUUCUUCAACUUCAUCAAUCUUGGAUGCUUUCUGAAAGUACAUUGUAGAACAUCACAGCUUGCAACCAGUUUUCGCCCUAAAAUAGUCUGGAAUGUGCAGAAGGAGAAGAAACAAAGCCUUGACAAAAUGUGGAUGAAAAAUGAAAAAAUGCGGGUGAGGAACUCUGCAUAAAAACCCCCUACACCAGCGCAUUUAUUUUUAGCCAUAUAUGGUUGGAAAGGUCUGUUCAUAACAAAAGCUUGUUUACCGCACUCUUUCUUGCGGUGCAUAAGCAUCUGGAAGAUGAGAUCGUGCAAAUGCUGAGCUUGCGGUUGCACAAUGUUUGGUGUGCCAAAGCAAGCUCAAUUCUCUUUUCAGCCAAUUUAUAAUUAAUACAAUGUCUUUGUGGUUUUAGAGGAAUAAUAAUCCUAAAGGGAAACAAUAGACUUACAUAUUUGACGAAAACUAUUACAUUUCAUUUGUUUUAUAGAGAUUUAUGUUCCAGUGGAAAAAGCUUUUUUUAUUUAACUUUUUAUUUUUUGUUUUUUGUUUUAAUGUGCGAUGGACUGUUAUAAGAUUUAUUAUAACUGCCAUAAAAGCAUCACAGCCAAUUUAGCACUUAAUCUAAUUAUACAUACAAAUCUAUACUUAAAAUAUAUAUAUUACAGUAUGGUCAGAAUGCAUUUAUCUAAUAAAAGAAAUACUAGACCAGACGGUUUAAAAUAAAGAGGUAUUUAAAUAUUUUUGUUUUAGAGUAUUAGGGAAAAAUGUAGGAAAUCAAUGCUAAAAGCCACAGAAAUCUGACAGUGAACAACCUAUUUAAAAUUAGUUGAAUCCCAGAACAUAUAGCUCAGAGUUUGUUUUUCUGAGGUUUUGUUCAAAGUAAAUAAUCAUGUUCAAUUAAGAUCAAAAACACAAAAUUUACAAACCUCAAUUUGUUCCCUCAGUUUAAUUAAAUUUAAUUCAUUUUUAUUUGUAUAGCGCUUUUAACAAUGAACAUUGUCUCAAAGCAGCUUUACACAGAUAAUGUGGUGAUAAAAAAGUUUAAAUAAAGCAUAAACCUAAUAAUUAUCAUCAUCAAACUUUAUUUACAUCAUAUUUUGCCAACUAUUGUUUUUUGCCCUUUUACUUUAUAUCAUUGAGUAUUGGCUAUUACAUGUUAUGAGUUUAGACUAAACCAACAUUAUACUAAUAACUUGCCAAUAAUAGAAUAAAUUCUCACAUUCUAGGUCCUUUUAUAAUAUUUACCAUUAUUUUUGCUGUAGAAAAGGUGAAUUGCAGCAAUAUUGUCCUUUAGUAUCAAUGCCUUGAUACAAAUUUGACCUAAUACAAUUUAUAUAUGGGUGUACUGUGAAAAAUAAAUACAUUUAUAUAUAUAUAUAC